CUGUCAGUUUACCAAAACCGAAUAAGAAGAGAAGAGCAAUGUAUCUCGAAUUUAAUGCAAGAUUAUUUUAAGGCUCCUGUGCUAUUAAGGUGUUCACCUUCACCAUGGAUCCGCAAAACUUAAAUUCGGAUGAGAGCCAAUUAGUGGUCGAAUUGAAUGACUUUGAGGAGAUAAAAGUGGAAACAACCCAAAUAAUAGAAACAACGGUUGAACCGGAGUACAAACACCCUAUAGAAGAAGUAGUUAAUCGGCAAUCUUACCGAUGUGAGAUUUGUGGCAUACAAUUUCCGUUUUAUUCCAAGCUCAACGAACACCGAAUCUCUCACACGGUGGACAAAUCAAUCGAAAAGGAUUUGAGUAGCAACACGAAUGAAAAGCCUUCGACCAAUGGUUUGUGCGAGAAACGGCCUAAACGUCACCAAUGUCCAUUGUGUGGAAAGCUAUGUCCAGUGCCUAGUAAGCUCAGAAAACACAUGAAAGUUCACUCAAACGAUAAACGGUAUAGCUGCGAACGGUGUACUAAAAGAUUUCAUUUGCGCAGCCUUCUCGAGGUACACAUGCGCAUCCAUAGCGGACCCCACGACUGCGAUGUAUGUGGAAAACGACUUUCGUCAAACAGCAGACUUAAAUCCCACCGGCUGAUUCAUACAGACGAAAGACCCUUUAAAUGUGACGUCUGUAAAAAAAGUUUUCGACAGCUCAUCAAUCUCACGGUACAUGCCUCUGUUCACACAAAUCAAAAAGAUUACAACUGUGAAGUGUGUGGAAUCCAAUUUAAAUCUCACUGGAGCGUCGUACGUCAUUCUCGAUCCCAUUCAAAUGUAAAAAUGCAUCAAUGUGAAGUCUGUGGCAAAGAAUUUUGGGAGAGUGCCACCCUCAGAAAUCAUAUGCAUAUUCACACCGGUGAGAAACCUUUCAACUGUCAGGUGUGUGGAAGAAAUUUUAGGUUUAAAUAUAGCCUCACACGGCACAAACAGGAAGUGUGUGGGAAAAAUAUGAGCAAGAAAUAAUUACUUAAAUAUACACAAAUAUAACAUUUACACAAAGUAAAUUCUAGUUUCUACUCUUCGUAGUAUGAAAAGUAGAUUAGGUCAACAAAUUUGUCUCUACUUUAUCUCAUCCGUAUAAAAUAAAAGCAAAUCCUUUUCUCCUUAGGUAGGCACAAUUCACCGAAUAGCAUGGAGAACGUGCCAAUCGAGCCAAUAUAUUCUGGA